CCGCCGUGCGCGCCGCCCUCGCCCGCUGAUGCAAUCCGAGCCCGGCGGCAGCAGCAGCCCCAGCACCGGCAGUGGGAGCAGCAGCCCCAGCCCCGGCGGCAGCAGCGGGCGCUCCGGCCGGCCCCGAUCCCGCGCAGCGCCGGCGCCGCUGUAUCCGCCCCCGGGGCUCGGCGAUCCGCCGCUCCAUCCCUCCGAGAGCCCCGCAGGAACAUUUCCCCCCCCGCCCCUGCCAGCAUGAUCAAGGGCUGCCAGAAUGAGUGCACGGGUGGCGGAUGUUCGGGAGAAACAGGAAAGCAAAUGACUGAAUCUUUCAAGGCUUCCGACUUGAUUAUCACCCCAGCUACGACAUUCAAGGAAAAACCAGACCCCACUGGUUUGGUAUUUGGAACUGUGUUCACUGAUAAUAUGCUGAUGAUAGAAUGGUCCUUGGCUUCAGGAUGGGAGAAACCCUAUAUUAAGCCGCUAGAGAACCUCUCAUUACAUCCAGCCGCCUCAGCCCUGCAUUAUGCUAUAGAACCAAGAGGACAGACAGAGGAGAAUCUGGUGUCAUUGCUGUGGCUCAAUGAAUACACAUUGUUCGAAGGGAUGAAGGCUUACCGAGGAGUGGAUGGCAAGAUCCGCCUGUUCCGGCCAGCCCUCAAUAUGGACAGGAUGGCGCGAUCAGCACGGAGAACAACUCUGCCAUCUUUUGACCAGAACGAGCUGUUAGAGUGCAUCCGUAAGCUUGUGGAAGUGGAACAGGAAUGGGUCCCAUACUCAACCUCUGCCAGCCUGUACAUCCGCCCUACCCUAAUUGGAACUGAGCCUUCCCUUGGAGUGAAGAAGCCGACUAAAGCCCUACUGUAUGUCAUACUGAGCCCUGUGGGCCCUUACUUUGCAAGUGGAAGCUUUAAUCCAAUAUCCUUAUGGGCAGAUCCAAAAUAUGUAAGAGCGUGGAAAGGGGGAACGGGAGACUGCAAAGUGGGAGGGAAUUAUGGUUCUGCUCUUUAUGCCCAGCAAGAAGCCCUGGAGUUUGGCUGCCAGCAGGUUUUGUGGCUCUAUGGAGAAGAUCACCAAAUAACUGAAGUUGGAACAAUGAAUCUGUUUCUCUACUGGAUAAAUGAAGAUGGAGAAAAUGAACUGGCAACGCCACCUUUAGAUGGCAUCAUCCUUCCAGGAGUGACAAGGCAAAGCAUUUUGGAUCUGGCACGCAACUGGGGAGAAUUCAAAGUGUCUGAGCGAUACAUCACCAUGAGUGACCUGACAGCUGCUUUGGAAGAGAACAGAGUAAAGGAGAUGUUUGGUGCUGGAACAGCUUGUGUUGUAUGUCCCAUCUCUAAAAUUUUAUAUAAGGGCAAGCACUUGCACAUUCCAACGAUGGAGAAUGGGCCUGAGUUAACAACCCGUUUCCUGAAUAAGCUAAGUGAUAUCCAGUAUGGAAGAGAAGACAGCGAUUGGGCAGUGCUGGUGUCAUGAAGGUGGCAGAGUCCAGACCCUGCAGACAGACCUGACAUCUGAGUAAUGACAACUUCUGUAGCUGCCAGUGCGUAGCAUAGUCUCAGUAUCAAUUUGCUCCCCAGGAUGAUUGUUUCCACAAUCUGGCAAAUAUGAACACAAUCAUUUUGAUUUCUACUGUAAUCCUGUUGGUAGAAGCCUGUCUUCUUGGUAGAGGUGCUAAAUGUUAGCAAUAGAACUUUCCUAAUAGUUUUCUUAGUGCCUCCUUAUAUACAGUCUGAAAACUUGUAAAAUGCUCUUCAACUGCUCUUCAGUUUGGUUUGUUUACUGCCACCAUCAGCAGAACAUGUGUCACAUGAGGGUGUUGCCUCUUAGCUGCCCACAGGGUUCUGUUGACAUUAUUCUGCCUUUUGCUCUGUGGUUGGGAAACAAAUAGGUUUAGCCAUACACUCCUUCCUUUCAUACUCUGCUUGUAUGGGAGAUUCCCGAGUUUGCAUAGCCUGGUAAAUGCCCUCAUACUCUGUCCAAUAACUCUGGCCUUUAGCCCAAAAUUCUCUGAGUCAGUCUAGCCUGCAAGAUAGUCCCUGUUGGCCUGCUGCCUUUUCCUCCAUGGGGAUGUGCAGUGGCUGCCUGGGCAGUGCAUAGCUCUCUAAUAGUUGAGUACAUCCUUCUAGACAUGAUUUUAAAGGCUGGGUCAGGCCCUGCUGAGACAAAAAUUCCCUUUUGGCCUAGCACAGAGCUGGGUUCUGCAGACACAGUGUUGCCUUCCAGGUGAGUGUCUAGAAAAUGAGAUUAGACAACUCUGGCUGUGAAAAUUGAACCAUUCUUCACAGCAACCAAAACUUUGGAUUGAGGAAUUUCUUUCAUCAUCCACUCACAUAAUUUAAGUCAGCAAAAUGUUUUUCUUGUCCCUUUCACGUACUUGAUGUAUCCAGCCUCCACUGACACAGGUACUGUAGAAGGGCCUUCCUGUUAAGGAACAAGCAAUGUUGUCAACAGAAAAUGUCUAGAAGGAAAGAGAUUUCAUUCAAACCCUGAUUUCAUUCUGGUUAAGCAGAUAAUUCAUAUAAUGCUGCUUUCUCACAUGCAGUCUUGAUGCUUUGGAAGCAAGACAGAGCAUGUAGCCCAUAGCUGGGGAAGUUCGUUCUGCAAAUGUUCACUAACAAUCAUUCUGUAAUAUUUAUUAGCUUUCUCCUUCUGCACACAGCUUUGUUGAACAGCUUUAAGAUACCUCUUGCCAAAAAGGAUAACCAUAUUCUGUAUCAGUGUUCCAAAGUGCUACUUCAGUAUAAAACUAGUGGAACUUUAUUGACACUUUAUUGGAGUCCUAUAAGAAGUAAAAGUGAAACAUUUCUUGUUCUAGUUUGCAGUAGAGAUGCACCAAUAUUAAGGGAAAAAUUUAGCACUUUAAUUUUUUUAAGACCAACAGUAUCUCUCCCAUGCUUUAUAAGUCCUUUGUAGUUACUGGCAUGUGUUAACAUAGUUUUAAAAGGAGUAUAAUUUCUAAUGGGCCAUCCAUGCCUUAUGCAGCUGUUAAAGAGCAGCCUUAUGGCUUCCUGUUCAUUUUUGGUCACAUUUUGAAGAUCCUCCUUAGCCAUCACUUUCUUUUGCUCCCUCAGAUCAUGACUUUUCUUGUCUUUAACUGCAGUCCAAUCUGAUCUUUUAAUGAAGAACAGCUGAAGGUUCUCUCUGACAAUGUAACUAUUGUUAAAAUUGAUGGAUUUUUUUUUCUUUAGACUACAACUUCAAACACAAAAUGUUGUUUCACUUACAGUAGCCAUAGUGUUGUGACCAUUUGAAUCUGUAUCAUGUGCGGUUCUUUGUUCAGUAUCUUACUAUAUGUUACAAGCUGCUGGUUUUUCCUUUUUUUUUUCCUUUUAUUUCAUUAGAUGGGUGGAAAAAUUAACAUGGGGAAUAUGUCAAGAUGCAGCAUGGGGUAGAGAGUUUUAUCCAACGAGACCAGUAUUGAAAUUAGAGUGCCUUUAACCAGAGUGUGGCAUGGAGCUGUCUAAAGAUUAUGUAAUGAGCAACCAUAUGUGGCUUACUGGUACUGAACUAUCUAAUCUUUCCCUUAAGUUCAUCUUUGAUUUAGCAGCAAAAGGAAAAGUGAAAAUAUCUAACUUCAGAUGCGUGGCAGAGUGGUUGUGCAAUACCUUACCAUCUCAGCUUUGAUGGAGUUGAUAUAUGAUACCGUAUAUCGAAAAUCCCCAUGAAGGCCUCAGUAUACAAGCAGUAAUCUAUUCACUGGGCAGAAUGAAUAAGGACCAGUUAGAAGAAUUAUUUUACUGAAAUGUAAACCUGAGAGUUGCAUAAAACUCUUCUUAAAUUGGUUGCAAGUCAUUUAAUGUGAAGAAACCAGGUGGUUUCAUUUGUUGUGCUUUGCACUGUUUCCUGUACUGACCUGAGGGACACCUCUCUUUUUUUUUGCUGACAGAGACCUCAAAAUGAGGAGAGUUGAUAGAGGAAUGACCCACAGAAAUGAGUGGUCUUUUCUUGCAGGGAAGAAUGAAAACGUGGAGUGUGUGUAUGUUAAUUUUUGACUUUAAUAUCUUGGUUAAUUGCCUUACUCUGGCUACAUCAACUCAAAGCUGUGCUUGUUUCCAAGUGGAAUCCAGGGCAAUAGGUUAUAGAUUUUAAACUUUGAAACCUAAGUAAGAGAGCUGACAGGUCAGUAUAGUGCAGGGAAUUCUUCUGGUGUUGAAUGCUGUCCUAGUCUGAAUUCUGGCACUGCAUUCUAUCCUGUUAACCAAAGGAAAGAAAUAAUAUGUGUAAAUAACAAUCAGUAUUUGAUAUUGCAUUCUCCUUGUUUUCGCUUGUAAAAUUUAGGAGGGAACUGUGGUAUUCCCUGAGCUAAUAACAGAUUGUAAAAGAACAUCUGCACAUCUUUUCUCCAUGUGCCCUAUUUGUUUAAUUGCAACAGAUUUACAUAGAAAGAGUAUGGUACAUCAUAACUAGGCAAUUAUCCAUUCUUCAUCACUUAGUUACGGUUCUGGUAAUUGAUCAUUUAAGACAUAAGAUAGUCUAACAUUAAGAGAAUUUGAAACUGUUCAAAAAAGAUCAACAAAUUAAUAUUGUUGUGUGGUAUUUGCAUAAUUGGCUGCAAUUAUUUAAUGUUUAAUUGGGUUGAUCAAAUGAGAUUCAGCCUUUCACAUGCUUAUGUUUUACAAACACUGGUACUUUAAAAUGAUAAUAAUGAAAUCUAAUUUUCAUAUGUUCUUUCUUCUCCCCUUCAUUCUUUUGAUUAUUAUUUUCAGUAUUGAGCAUGUCCUUAAUUUUCAGUUUGGUUAGCAUGAUCCAUGCCUAGGAAAAAAAUCCUUCAAAUAACAGAAUUUUCAUGAAAUUGGCAUUUCAUACAAGCUGUUCUGGUGCCAAGAUUUAUGGCUUCAGCAAUUGGCAUUACUUAAGCAGAUUGUUAACUGCAGUGAGGGCAAAUUUGCUGAGAAUUUACAAGGACAGACCCAGGUGAGGAUGCUAAGAAAGGUUCCUAGGGUAGAUAAUCUGUUCAGUCCCUAGCAGUGCAAAGCAAACAUGAUUUUUCUGGGAUAUAGAAGAGAAGUCUGAUAAGACAAAAGCAAGGUAGUGGGAUCUCUCUGCCCAGCUGUUGUUUACACCUGUUCAACUCUUUCAAGCCAAAAAGCAGUUAUCAGCCACUCCUCUUUGUACAUGACCUCUUGUUUGGGUUUGCCUAAUUCAACAUAGAGAUACCAUAGAUCCUUUCCUGUAUACUUAUUUUAUAUUAUUUAUCCUCAGGCAUGAAAAAUGGUAAUUUGGAAAAAUGAUACUUGAAAGUCAUUUGGAGUGCAAGUUAUUUGAAAUGUCUGCCUUCCAAGAGGUAGACAGAAAAACAGCUGAGACUGAUCUCAGAGCUGCUUAAUUAAAGGAGGAACCCUCUUGAAUUCAAUGGCCUCUCCAAAACAAUCUGCAUAAUCCCAGCAGAUUUCUGAGUGUGAACUGUCUGUUCACUGUGCCUUGCUAUGGAAUAGAAUACAAAGAUGUACAAGGAUGGUGGCACAGCCUGGCAGACUAUGGUACAAUGUCUUUCUCUGCAUGGGAUCCACCCUACUGAGGGUAAAUUUUAAUGUUCUAGUGGCAAGCUGAUAUCCUGAGAGUGGCAGCUGUAAUGAUGGCUGAGCAUGCCCUGAGAGAGCUGCUCCUUGUUGUCUUUCUCUCCCUUUCACACAGACUUGAACCCCUUUUUCCCCAGCCUUCUAUUGUUGUCUCAUAUCUGAAAGUAACUAUUUAAGCAAAUUUGCAUCCUUCUUGCUUUUAGCAGUAGUAAAAGUUAAAAAAAAAAAAAAAAAGAGUAGGUUUUUUUCAUAUUCCAGGUUUUGAGGGAU